GUCCCCCACCCUGCCGGAGGAGAGCGGGCGGGGCGCCGGGCGCGGGCGGCUCCCUGGCCUUGCCGCCCUCUCCAGGGUCGCCGCCGCCGCGGCGGCGCUGCUGACUAUCUCCCUGCUGCCGGCGGCGCGGCGGGCGGCCGGCCGGCACCCAGCAGGGGCCACGAGCGAUGCGGAGGAAGGCAUCGUGCAGGCGUCGGAGGCAGGGGACCCCACGCUCUACUGCUACCUCUUCAUCAUGCCGAACGGCAUGGAGGCCAAGCUGACGACCAAGAUGUACGAGAGGCAGAUCGGGCCGUUCGGCUGCGACGCCUACGACGUCCUGAGCAACGCCUCCUUCAACAUCGGCCAGGUUGUAACCACCGUGGUGCCCGGCAGCUUCUCCUGCGAACACGGCGGCAAAUGGGGCACCGCGCUCAACACAGAUAAUUUCAUCAGGGUAUGGCAGACGAUGGCGUCGCUGGGCCAGUGGCAAAGUUACGACUGGUCCAUCAAAAACGACGCUGAUGCCAUAUUCUUCCCCGAGCGUUUCCUAGACCUCGUCACCGGCCGCUCGGGCCUCAUGGCGGCCGUGCCGACGGGGCCGGUGUACCUCAACAACUGCCAGUGGGGCAUGCACGGCCCAGUGGAGGCCGUGUCUAGAGAGGCGAUGGAAAUGUACUUCCAGAGUGGCAGUACUGGCUGCGCCGACAUCCUCCAGCGCGCGAUGACGUCCGAGCUGCCUGCGGGAGCCGACGAAGCCGACUACUCGUUCGGCGAGGACCAGUUCAUGCGCGAGUGCCUGGAACAGCUCGGCGUGACGAAGGUCGACGCCAUGCCCCACCUCCUCAGCGAGCGUUACGCCUGCGGUGAGAGGCCCCAGGACUGCGGGGGCGCUAGGGUCACGUUUCACGCCUUCAAGAACGUCCCAGAGUUCAUGGUGUGCCUGAACUACGCGGAGGUCACGGGAGAGUCCUCCUGGCCGGUGUACCACAAGGCCUCCGACGCUGCCGUGGCGGCCUCCCAGAUUGGGUGGAUAUCGCCAGAAGACGCUGCCGAGGAUACGGGAGGGAACACCCAGGCCGCAGCCGUGGACUACCCGUCCGAGACCUGAGCGCGCGGCCUCCGCCACGCUGCGGCGGCGGCCUUCAGACCGGCUGGAUGCCGCCAGAGGACGCGCCGCUCGUGCUGCGCGGAGCUGCGGGACUGCCCGCCCUGAGGGCGCGGCUGGCCGGGCGCCGGGCGCGUGAGGCGCCCGGUGCUCCCGGCGCCUCCCGCUCCCGCUGCGCGCUACGCCCUUCUUCCCCGCCCAGGCCUCUGCACUGCCUCGGGCGGGGCCGCGCGGCGGCCCGAGCUGGCGAAGGAAAGUGC